CUGGUCCUGGGCCCUUUGUCAUUACUGCCCAGAGUUUUUUUCUUUUUCUGGUCAGCUCACGUGGCCAGGAAAACUCUUGGUAUUUUCUGUUUUUCAGUAGGCUAACUAGCUAGAUCACACAAAUCUAAAUUUUGCCAAGUUUUCAUCCAGCGCAGGGAUUGGCAGGAACCGGAACUGGAAGGCUGGCUAGCUAAUCUUUCAGUCGAUGUCAUUCAAAUACACUAGCUAGCUAGAUAAGGUCGCACUCUUGUCAGAAUGGCGUAUAAUCUAGUAAGGCAUUUCAGCAUGGUUUUCCAAUUAAAUGUCCAAAGAGAAGCUAUUAUGUUUUCGGGUGAGUACUAGCUAAAAGUGUUUCAUUAAUGUCGCAAUUAUUGAACGGUGAGUUAUUGCAGACUUCCAUUUAAAAAAGUAUACUUACAGGGGGUGUGUCGCUAACUCUACACCACAGCAGGAAAACACAGUGAGUGAACUAGUUAGCUAAUAUUAGUUUACUGUAACUAAUAACUAAAUCCAUAACGAAAAACGUUGUAGGCUACUGGCUAGCUAAGUAGACAGAUUUUCAAACAAAUGUUCUUUGUACGAAAUCAUUGCUUCAAAAACCAAGUCGGGUUAGCGUUAGCUACGUUAACGUUAGUUAGAUAACAGCUAACGUUAACUAACCAACAAACGCUAGCCCAGCCCAAGCAAGGCCAGCGAGCCCAGCUAACUAGCUACAGUAUUUGGCUAAUUUGAUCAAAUGCAUGGCUUGGCUACAUCGUCUUUAGCUGCACAACCCUAACUAGAUAGCUAACUAGGUAGUUACUGGAAAGUACCUUGUUAAUGCAAACCUGGAGCUAACUCGCCAACAGUUAUUCAUCAGUUGUCAGUAUUAGCUAACUAACUGAGGGUUAGUUAGCUAGCCAGCUAACUAAUACCUACAUAUGUCAGAACAGAGCAUGAUUGGUCAGAGGUAUCGAACAAGAAACAAAUCAAAAUUGGAGCCACAAACAAAACCGUUGUAAAUACACCUCUGCACCACCACAUGGCUAUCAGUGUAAUCGAAUGAAAUCAUGUAUUGCAUGGUUGGGAAAACGUUGUAAUGUUUCUGUUUGACAGGAGUGAGACAUAAGUCUACAGUGCAGUAUGCGACACGCCCAGACCGGCCGAAACUGGCUUAUAGAAAAGUGGAGGGGAAGAGCCCAGGGGUAGUGUUCUUGCCAGGGUUUGCCUCAAACAUGGGUGGGAAGAAAGCAGAAGCCCUUGAGGAGUUCUGCCAGUCACUAGGCCACUCUUACCUAAGGUAAGUUAGCUAUAGUAUUUUCAGUGAUUAAAAAAACAAAACAUUAGAGCUGUCGUGUAUGUAUAGGUGUGUGUAUGUAUAGGUGUGUGUGUAUAUAUAUAUAUAUAUAUAUACUACCAGUCAAAAGUUUGGACACCUACUCAUUCAAGGGUUUUUCUUUAUUUUUACGAUUUUCUACUUUGUAGAAUAAUAGUGAAGACAUCAAAACUAUGAAAUAACACAUAUGGAAUCAUGUAGUAACCAUAAGUGUUAAAGAAAUCAAAAUAUAUUUUAUAUUUGAGAUUCUUCAAAUAGCCACCCUUUGCCUUGAUGACAGCUUUGCACACUCUUGGCAUUCUCUCAGCCAGCUUUAUGAGGUAGUCACCUGGAAUGCAUUUCAAUUAACAGGUGUGUCUUCUUAAAAGUUAAUUUGUGGAAUUUCUUUCGUUCUUAAUGCGUUUGAGCCAAUCAGUUGUAUUGUGACAAGGUAGGGGGGGGUAUACAGAUGAUAGCCCUAUUUGGUAAAAUACCAAGUCCAUAUUAUGGCAAGAACAGCUCAAAUAAGCAAAGCGAAACAACAGUGCAUCAUUACUUUAAGACAUGGCGGUCAGCCAAUACUGAACAUUUCAAGAACUUUGAACGUUUCUUCAAGCGCAGUCGCAAAAACCAUCAAGCGCUAUGAUGAAACUGGCUCUCAUGAGGACCGCCACAGGAAUGGACCCAACACACCUCCAGGCUUUGUAAUGGCUAUUUUACCAAGAAGGAGAGUGAUGGAGUGCUGCAUCAGAUGACCUGGCCUCCACAGUCCUCCGACCCCAACCCAAUUGAGAUGGAUUGGGAUGAGUCAGACCGCAGAGUGAAGGAAAAGCAGCCAACAAGUGCUCAGCAUAUGUGGGAACUCCUUCAAAACUGUUGGAAAAGCAUUCCAGGUGAAGCUGGUUGAGAGAAUGCCAAGAGUGUGCAAAGCUGUCAUCAAGGCAAAGGGUGGCUAUUUGAAGAAUCUCUGUCUCAAAUAUAAAAUAUAUAUUUACAGUUUAGUCAUUUAGCAGACGCUCUUAUCCAGAUCGACUUACAGUUAGUGAGUACAUACGUUUUCAUACAUAUAUUUUUUUAUAUAUAUAUUUUUAUGUUGGUUUGUAGUUUUGAUGCCUUCAUUAUUAUUCUACAAUGUAAAAAUAAAAACCCUUGAAUGAGUAGGUGUGUCCAAACUUUUGACCGGUACUGUACAUACGUACAGUGCUAUGAAAAAGUAUUUGCCCCCUUUCUAAUUUUCUCUACUUUUGCAUAUUUGUGAUACUGAAUGUUAUCAGAUCUUCAACCAAAACCUAAUAUUAGAUAAAGGGAACAUAAGUGAACAAAUAACACAACAAUUACAUAUUUAUUUCAUUUAUUUCAUAAACAAAGUUAUGCAACACCCAAUUCCCCUGUGUGAAAAAGUAAUUGCCCCCUUACACUCAAUAACUGGUUGUGCCUCCUUUAGCUGCAAUGACUCCAACCAAAUGCUUCCUGUAGUUGUUGAUCAGUCUCUCACGUCGCUGUGGAGGAAUUUUGGCCCACUCUUCCAUGCAGAACUGCUUUAACUCAGUGACGUGUGGGUUUUCAAGCAUGAACUGCUCGUUUCAAGUCCUGCCACAACAUCUCAAUUGGGAUUAGGUCUGGACUUUGACUAGGCCAUUCCAAAACUUCCAAUUUGUUGCUUUUUAGCAAUUAUCAUGUAGACUUGAUUGUCCAAAAAGUUGACUCAAGUUUGCCAAAAAGCACCUGGAUGAUCAUCAAGACUCUUGGAAGAACGUUCUAUGGACAGAUGAUUCAAAAGUAUAACUUUUUGGACGACAUAGUUCCAGUAAUGCCUGGCGAAAACCAAACUCUGCAUUCCACAGUAAGAACAUCAUACGAAAGGUCAAGCGUGGUGAUGGUUUGGGGAUGCUUUGCUGCCUCAGGACCUGGACGACUUGCCUUAAUAGAAGGAACCAUGAAUUCUGCUCUUUAUCAGAGAAUUCUACAGGAGAAUGUCAGAACAUCUGUCUGUGAGUUGAAGCUGAAGCGCAGCCGGGUCAUGCAGCAAGACAAUGAUCCAAAACACACAAUCAAGUCUACAUGAAAAUUGCUAAAAAGCAACAAAUUGGAAGUUUUGGAAUGGCCUAGUCAAAGUCCAGACCUAAUCCCAAUUGAGAUGUUGUGGCAGGACUUGAAACGAGCAGUUCAUGCUUGAAAACCCACACGUCACUGAGUUAAAGCAGUUCUGCAUGGAAGAGUGGGCCAAAAUUCCUCCACAGCGACGUGAGAGACUGAUCAACAACUACAGGAAGCAUUUGGUUGGAGUCAUUGCAGCUAAAGGUGGCACAACCAGUUAUUGAGUGUAAGAGGGCAAUUACUUUUUCACACAGGGGAAUUCGGUGUUGCAUAACUUUGUUUAUGAAAGAAAUUAAAUGUAAUUGUUGUGUUAUUUGUCCACUUAUGUUCCCUUUAUCUAAUACACUACUCAAAAAAAUAAUGUAAUGUAACUCCAAGUCAAUCACACUUCUGUGAAAUCAAACUGUCCACUUAGGAAGCAACUGGAAUAGACAACAGGUGGAAAUUAUAGGCAAUUAGCAAGACACCCCCAAUAAAGGACUGGUUUUGCAGGUGGUGACCACAGACCACUUCUCAGUUCCUAUGUGUCCUGGCUGAUGUAUUGGUCACUUUUGAAUGCUGGCGGUGCUUUCACUCUAGUGGUAGCAUGAGACGGAGUCUACAACCCACACAAGUGGCUCAGGUAGUGCAGCUCAUCCAGGAUGGCACAUCAAUGCGAGCUGUGGCAAGAAGGUUUGCUGUGUCUGUCAGCGUAGUGUCCAGAGCAUGGAGGCGCUACCAGGAGACAGGCCAGUACAUCAGGAGACGUGGAGGAGGCCGUAGGAGGGCAACAACCCAGCAGCAGGACUGCUACCUCCGCCUUUGUGCAAGGAGGAGCAGGAGGAGCACUGCCAGAGCCCUGCAAAAUGACCUCCAGCAGGCCACAAAUGUGCAUGUGUCUGCUCAAACGGUCAGAAACAGACUUCAUGAGGGUGGUAUGAGGGCCUGACGUCCACAGGUGGGGGUUGUGCUUACAGGCCAACACCGUGCAGGACGUUUGGCAUUUGCCAGAGAACACCAAGAUUGGCAAAUUCGCCACUGGCGCCCUGUGCUCUUCACAGAUGAAAGCAGGUUCACACUGAGCACGUGACAGAGUCUGGAGACGCCGUGGAGAACGUUCUGCUGCCUGCAACAUCCUCCAGCAUGACCGGUUUGGCGGUGGGUCAGUCAUGGUGUGGGGUGGCAUUUCUUUGGGGGGGCCGCACAGCCCUCCAUGUGCUCGCCAGAGGUAGCCUGACUGCCAUUAGGUACCGAGAUGAGAUCCUCAGACCCCUUGUGAGACCAUAUGCUGGUGCGGUUGGCCCUGGGUUCCUCCUAAUGCAAGACAAUGCUAGACCUCAUGGGGCUGGAGUGUGUCAGCAGUUCCUGCAAGAGGAAGGCAUUGAUGCUAUGGACUGGCCCGCCCGUUCCCCAGACCUGAAUCCAAUUCAGCACAUCUGGGACAUCAUGUCUCGCUCCAUCCACCAACGCCACGUUGCACCACAGACUGUCCAGGAGUUGGCGGAUGCUUUAGUCCAGGUCUGGGAGGAGAUCCCUCAGGAGACCAUCCGCCACCUCAUCAGGAGCAUUCCCAGGCGUUGUAGGGAGGUCAUACAGGCACGUGGAGGCCACACUCACUACUGAGCCUCAUUUUGACUUGUUUUAAGGACAUUACAUCAAAGUUGGAUCAGCCUGUAGUGUGGUUUUCCACUUUAAUUUUGAGGGUGACUCCAAAUCCAGACCUCCAUGGGUUGAUCAAUUUGAUUUCCAUUGAUACUUUUUGUGUGAUUUUGUUGUCAGCACAUUCAACUAUGUAAAGAAAUGUAUUUAAUAAGAUUAUUUCAUUCAUUCAGAUCUAGGAUGUGUUAUUUUAGUGUUCGCAUAAUUUUUUUGAGCAGUGUAUUAGGUUUUGGUUGAAGAUCUGAUAACAUUCAGUAUCACAAAUAUGAAAAAGUAGAGAAAAUUAGAUAGGGGGCAAAUACUUUUUCAUAGCACUGUACAUUCCAGUAUGUCAGUCCUUCAAUUAGUCAGGAAAACCAAUCGUUGCCGAUGUAUGUGGUCUUUCCCAGGUUUGACUAUACAGGCUGUGGGUCGUCUGAAGGUGAAAUGGUAGACGGCACUGUUGGCACUUGGAAGAAGGAUGUUCUAUAUGUAUUGGACGAGCUUGUGGAGGGGCCACAAGUAAGUAGUUCCUCUCCGUCUCUAUGAUGAGACUCAUUCUAAUCAGCCAGUGUAAUCCAAAGUAUUGUUAGCUGAAAUGGACCUGCACAGACUCAUGUAUAAUUGAGUGAUCAUGCCCGAGAAGCCGGUGUUUGGAGGAUAUACAGUUGAAGUCGGAAGUUUACAUACACCUUAGCCAAAUACAUUUAAACUCAGUUUUUCACUAUUCCUGACAUUUAAUCCUAGUAAAAAUGCCCUGUUCUAGGUCCGUUAGGAUCACCACUUUAUUUUAAGAAUGUGAAAUGUCAGAAUAAUAGUAGAGAGAAUUAUUUCUUUCAGCUUUUAUUUCUUUCAUCACAUUCCCAGUGGCUCAGAAGUUUACAUACACAAUUAGUAUUUGGUAGCAUUACCUUUAAAUUGUUUAACUUGGGUCAAACGUUUCAGGUAGCCUUCCACAAGCUUCCCACAAUAAGGUAGGUGAAUUUUGGCCCAUUCCUCCUGACAGAGCUGGUGUAACUGAGUCAGGUUUGUAGGCCUCCUUGCUCGCACACGCUUUUUCAGUUCUGCCCACAAACUUUCUAUAGGAUUGAGGUAAGGGCUUUGUGAUGGCCACUCUAAUACCUUGACUUUGUUGUCCUUAAGCCAUUUUGCCACAAUUUUGGAAGUAUGCUUGGGGUCAUUGUCCAUUUGGAAGACCCAUUUGCGACCAAGCUUUAACUUCCUGACUGAUGUCUUGAGAUGUUGCUUCAAUAUAUCCACAUCAUUUUCCUUCCUCAUGAUGCCAUCUAUUUUGUGAAGUGCACCAGUCCCUCCUGCAGCAAAGCACCCCCACAGCAUGAUGCUGCCACCCCGUGCUUCACGGUUGGGAUGGUGUUCUUCGGCUUGCAAGCCUACCCCUUUUUCCUCCAAACAUAACGAUGGUCAUUAUGGCCAAACAGUUCUAUUUUUGUUUCAUCAGACCAGAGGACAUUUCUCCAAAAAGUACGAUCUUUGUUCCUAUGUGCAGUUGCAAACCGUAGUCUGGCUUUUUUAUGGCGGUUUUGGAGCAGUGACUUCUUCCUUGCUGAGCGGCCUUUCAGGUUAUGUCGAUAUAGGACUCGUUUUACUGUGUAUAUAGAUACUUUUGUACCUGUUUCCUCCAGCAUCUUCACAAGGUCCUUUGCUGUUGUUCUGGGAUUGAUUUGCACUUUUCGCACCAAAGUACGUUCAUCUCUAGGAGACAGAACGCGUCUCCUUCCUGAGCGGUAUGACGGCUGCGUGGUCCCAUGGUGUUUAUACUUGCGUACUAUUGUUUGUACAGAUUAACUUGGUACCUUUAGGCGUUUGGAAAUUGCUCCCGAGGAUGAACCAGACUUGUGGAGGUCUACAAUUAUUUUUGCCUGAUUUCUUUUGAUUUUCCCAUGAUGUCAAACAAAGAGGCACUGAGUUUGAAGGCAAGCCUUGAAAUAUAUCCUCAGGUACACCUCCAAUUGACUCAAAUUAUGUCAAUUAGCCUAUCAGAAGCUUCUAAAACCAUGACAUCAUUUCCUGGAAUUUUCCAAGCUGUUUAAAGGCACAGUCAACUUAGUGUAUGUAAACUUCUGACCCACUGGAAUUGGGAUACAGUGAAAUAAUCUGUCUGUAAACAAUUGUUGGAAAAAUGACUUGUGUCAUGCACAAAGUAGAUGUCCUAACCGACUUGCCAAAACUAUAGUUUGUUAACAAGAAAUGUGUGGAGUGGUUGAAAAACAAGUUUUAAUGACUCCAACCUAAGUGUAUGUAAACUUCUGACUUCAACUGUAUUGGCACAGGUGUUGUUAGGCCCGAGACGAAGUCACAUUUAUAUAACGGGUUACCAACAUAUUCACAUAAUGAUGGACAUAUUUUCAUUAAAAACGUUAUUUUGAUGAAUUUAUUCAUACUAUUUCGUCCUUCCGCAAGAUAUAGUCCUGACACAAAUCUAGGGUUGCUAGAGACGCGACCCAGUCAUUCAGUAUUUUUGUUCUGUAUCUAUGGACGCGACCCAGACGUUUGUUCUAAAUGUUCCAUUGCCAUGCUGGCUGGCAACGUUCUUAUCUCUUGCUUGCUAGCUAGCCAAGUACGGCUAAGUUAGUCACGUCAAAAAGUGCAGCCAGAAUAACAGCAAAGUAGCUGCAUUUGCAUUUAUUUAAGCUGUUUUCUAAUAACAUUUAUUUGGAUACAUCCAUAACAAUGAGCUAAUGAGGCGCUCUUUCGCUUGGUAUAGAGAAUGUGCUCACUGGUCAGGACACUAUUGUUCAGAGGAGCUAGCCAACAACACAGCUACAGGAACACAAUCACUUCAAACUGAAGCUGGAAAGACUGCAAAUUAGCUUCGUUUCGUUUUACCUUUUUUCAAUUUACUUUUUUUUGUAUAAUAUAUCCAUAAAAAUGAUGCCAGCUGAUUCAUGAUUUUGACUGGCUGAGAAACGCUGCCCGUCUCGUCCCGACUCCCGACACGUUCAUUACUAUGGGACAGCAGGAGAUCGAAUUUGAAUAUUGAAGCAAUGUUGCAAAUGUCGGAGAGACGGCAAGGUUUAUACAAAUCUCCGCUGUUGAAAACGAAAUGUUUGUCUAAAAGAAAUUAGAUCAUGUCUAGAUGCUUUUUAUAGUGGAGAUCAAGUUUAUAAGUUGCCUGGCUGGGCUGAUGAGACAGUGGAUUGCGCAGUCAGAUGGAACAGAGUAAAUAGGCAUUUUAACGUCAAAGAUUCAGCAGGUGGCAACUUGUGGAUAGACACCGGCUGGAAUGUGGUUUUAACCAAUCAGCAUUCAGGAUUAGACCCACCCGUUGUAUAAUAGUGUAUAACCAUUCGGGAUGGUAGUUGAUGUAAAACUGUUACUGAUUUCAGUGUGAAUUGACCACUGAGUUAAUAAUAAUCCUCUGGGGGAUAUUAGGGUUAAAAUACCUUGACUUAAAAUACCUCUGGCAUGCGUAAUUGACACGAGAUAUCAGUGCUGUUAUUAUAAGAUCAUUUCUGAUCUUGCUAAUUGUUCUGGUGUUGCAGAUUCUGGUUGGCUCCAGUAUGGGCGGCUGGCUGAUGUGCCUGGCAGCCAUAGCUCGUCCAGAAAGAACUGCGGCCAUGGUUGGCAUCUCUACAGCAGCGGACCACUUUGUAACUGUCUACAAUACGCUUCCUAUUGAGGUGAGUCAGCGUUCAGAAUAAACCAUCUUGAGUGUUCAAUAACCUUAACAGGUUCUGUACAGAACAAUGCACUUUUCCCCUAAUGACAGACGCUUGAUUAAAUGAGUCAUCAAUACACUGAAGGUGGUUCAAAGGAAAGGGACAUGCAGUUAAUCUUGAAAUUGCACGAACAAAAUUUGGAUGGAAGUACAGUUGAAAUAUAUUUCCUAAGCACAUUUUUUAAACGGCUGCCAUCUUAGAUAAUGUCUUCACCCCAAACAUAAAAUGAUAUAUAAUUUUGUCUAAAUACUGCCUGCUGUCAUUGUAGGCGAGGAAGGAGAUUGAAGAGAAGGGGCAGUGGGUGGUUCCUACCAAACACAACGCGGAGGGCUCCAUCACGUUCACCACAGAGUUCCUGAAGGAGGCAGAGCAGCACCGUGUUCUGCAGAGCCCCAUUCCAGUGACCUGCCCUGUGAGGCUCAUCCAUGGGAUGAAGGACCAGGAUGUGCCCUGGCACAUCUCCAUGCAGGUAGCUGAGCGUGUGCUCAGCAAUGACGUUGACGUCAUCUUGCGCAAGCAUGGCCAGCACCGCAUGACAGAAAAGGAGGACAUCAAGCUCAUAGUCUACACCAUCGAUGAUCUCAUAGACAAGCUGACCACAUUGGUUUGA